CCCGAAAGCGCCAAUCCCAAGAUGGUUACUCAACGUCAGUCUGGGACUUUGGCAACCCACCUGGUGUCGCUGUUUAUGGGCGGUGCCAAGAAUUGACUCUAUAAAAUAAAGCCAAGAAGACAGUGGGCGUGUCAGUGUGUCCGGCUUUGGUGGAUUUGCCGUACAGUAUGGAUGUGGCAGUUGUUCGUCAGCACCUGUCUGAAGCAGGUCAGAACCACGUGUUACAGUUCUGGGAUGAGCUAUCCUCGGAACAGAGAAGCAAUCUUUUAGAAGAGCUUCAUGGUCUAGACUUCCUGGAGUUAAAUGGCUUCUUUAAACGAGCAAUGGCAGGAUUUUCAAUCUCAUCUUCCCAAGAGAAAGUAGAUACAAGAAUGGAGGCCGUGCCUCGGGAGGUUCUUGGCAGUGUGACACGGGACAAGGAACAUCUACAAGAAUGGAAGGCACAAGGUUUAAUGGAAAUCUCUCGCGGUAAAGUAGCUGUACUACUGCUAGCAGGGGGGCAAGGAACCAGAUUGGGAGUGUCCUAUCCUAAAGGAAUGUAUGAUGUUGGUCUGCCCUCUCAUAAAAGCCUUUACCAGAUACAAGCUGAGCGUAUCCUGAAACUACAAAGGUUGGCCAAAGAGCUGCAUGGUCUAGAAUGCACCAUUCCCUGGUACAUCAUGACCAGUGGGCGCACCAUGGAGUCUACUCGUGAAUUCUUCCAGAAACAUAAUUAUUUUGGGCUUAGUAAAGAGCAUGUGAUUCUCUUUCAACAAGGCAUGCUGCCAGCAAUGAGCUUUGAUGGCAAGAUCCUCUUAGAAGAGCAGGACAAGCUCUCCAUGGCCCCAGAUGGAAAUGGUGGGCUAUACAGAGCACUUGGUGCACAUGGUGUGCUGAAAGACAUGGAGGGGAGAGGAGUGGAGUAUAUACAUGUAUACUGUGUCGACAACAUCUUGGUGAAAGUGGCAGAUCCUGUUUUCAUUGGGUUUUGUGUGAAGAAGGAAGCAGAUUGUGGGGCCAAGGUAGUGGAGAAGAUGAAUCCAACAGAACCAGUGGGUGUUGUUUGCCGUGUGGAUGGUGUGUACCAAGUGGUGGAGUACAGUGAGAUCACACUGGCAACGGCACAAGCUCGCAGUGCAGAUGGACGGCUAAUGUACAACGCAGGAAAUAUUGCCAACCACUUUUUCACACGACGGUUUCUUCAGGAGGUUGUGGAGGUCCAUGAACCUCAAUUGCAGCAUCAUGUGGCGCUGAAGAAAAUCCCAUAUGUGGACACACAUGGUGUGCGUAUACAUCCGGAGAAACCAAAUGGGAUGAAAAUGGAGAAAUUUGUUUUUGAUAUUUUCCAGUUUGCCAAAAAAUUUGUAGUUUUUGAGGUGUUGCGAGAAGAGGAGUUUUCACCUCUGAAAAAUGCAGAUAGCCAGAAUGGAAAGGACAAUCCAACUACAGCACGCCAUGCCCUUAUGUCCCUACAUCACUGCUGGGUGCUCAAUGCUGGGGGACACUUUGUGGAUGAAAAUGGAACAUGGAUUCCAGCCAUUCCUCUCCAAACCAAUGGAGUGUGUGGAGCGGCGCAGGACCAUGCCGAGAAAAAUAUGAAGGAUGCUGGCGACGUGCCCAUUCAAUGCGAAAUUUCCCCCUUGACUUCCUACGCUGGUGAGGGUCUGGAGCCCUAUGUUCACAAUCAGGAAUUCCAUGCCCCUCUGAUAAUAGAUGAGAAUGGAGUUCACCAGCAGGUUAUGAAUGGCACCAGCUUUUAGAGCCUAUGAAGAACGUGAAUGUGUUGUGCUUAAAUAAUUGGGUGUGGGUAUAUGAUUGUAAGGUACUAAAGGACAAUGUUAAUCACAGGGGUCUUCAACAUCAUUCUUCUGCCACUACAGAAAUGUGAAGGUUUUAUCUGAAGCCUGUUUUACUUGACAAAACAUAUGGAAGGAAAAUAUACAUAUUUAUUGCAUGUUCUCCAUCUUAAAGCAAAUAUCUUUUUUUUUUUAAUAUUGUACAUAGUAUACUCUUGUACAUUUACAAAAUAUUUAAAAUAUUUUAACGGUACUCUACAGUCUUUUACUUUCAUCUGUAUGCAAAUUUUUAUUUAAUUUUUCUAAAGGAAUCGGUCAUUUGAAGUAAAUAAAAUUUCCGAUCAGCAAGGUUAUUAAACCUCAGUUGUGAAUCUUACUUUUCUGGAGCAGUUCUUUUUGGUUAUUGCUCCACAACUUUUAUUUUGUAUUCUAAACAGUCAGUCACAGAUGUCGGGGAGUCGGCUUGUGGAAAAUGGGGAUUCUGGGCGGAUGAAGAAAUGGGGGAAUUAUAAUCUUUUGGUAUUUGCUUUUUCAAAAUGGAAUAACUUUUAGCUGGCAACAAGGAACAUCUGAUGGCUCAAACUAGAUCAAAAAUCCAGAGCGAGAUGGACAGGAUUGCGUUGAAGACAGAGCCCACAGCUGUUCCUUAGCUUGUGCAUCUGAAUGUUAUUAUUCAGGGUUAGGAAGCCCUUAUAGGGACUUAUUUAUAAACUAAAAUUGCCCAUGGGCAGUA